AGCCACAAAUUAUUUUAUUUUGCGGAAUGUGUAGCAGGGUAAAAGUCACCCUCAGGACUCCAGGCCAGUGUGAUUAGUGUACUCCCACCAUGGCGCUGGUUGCUUCUCCAUCGUUCUUGAAAGAUGUCCAAGUGAAUUGGGGAUCAAUUGCCAGUGUGAGCGAAGAAGCUUCAAAAGCGAUGGAGUUUGUCCAAUCGAAAGCGAAGCCGCCGGAGGACAUCAUCUCAACUGCACAACUACCAGUGAGCUCCGUGCGAGAUGCAGUUAUCCUCCUUCAAAGCCCUGGCAGUGGUUCUGGCCGAGAUCUCGAAGUGGAUGAGUUGCGGGAGAUAGUUGCAGAGCUUAUCGCGGCGUAUAGUGAGCCUGACCUCCAGAGGAAGAUCAGGAACGUUUACGAAAAGCAGCGUAAAGCCCAGACGAGUGGUGCUCAAGAAGACUACAUGGCAGAGCUGCGAGAAGUUUUGUGGCCUUGCCAAACCGACAUUGCUGAAGCAUAUGGCUUACCCGGUACUACCGAGGGCCUUCAGCGAAUACAAAAUGCAGUACAGAGGGCCAUCACAGAAGGUGACGUAGAAAUUAGAUGUUUGGCUGAUGAAGCCCUCAUGCUUCUUGGCAUGGCCCCACUUCAGAAUAUCAUUCAGGAGGUCAAGGCCGAGGACUUCCUGAAUUGCAUCUACACAGCCGCUGGAGACAGUAGCGGGAUCGAGAUCGAAGAAUUUUUGCUGAAUCUAAAGUGCGAGACCCCGUUGG